AUGGGUGGUUCUAACGCCCCUUUCUAUUCGUGUGAUGUCGACCCACGUCAUUAUCCAUGGCUGUCCAUUUCGCCGUGUUGCUACAAUUACCUCGCUGCUAAAGUACUGAAAUUGGCUGACAAUGCAUCUCGUGACAACAAGAAGAUUUGCAUCAACGUUCGCUUUCUCCAACUCGCUGUACGCAACGUUGAAGAGCUCAAUAAGGUGCUCUCAGGUGUGAUGAUCGCUCAAGCAGGGGUUCUGUCCAACAUCCAAGCGGCUCUUCUACUCAAGAAGCCUGGUGGAGAAAAGGAAUAUGUUCUAUACGCCAGGAGUGGUGUUAGCCCACCCACUCAUGGUUGUCGGGUCGCAACGUGCGGACCUUGCCGAUGCCUACAUAAGCGGCACACUGGCGGUAACCCGCAUGUCACUCGUCAGUGUCGUGCUAUCGCCAUGUCUGGUCGAGGAAAAGGAGGCAAGGGACUCGGAAAAGGGGGAGCGAAACGCCAUCGCAAAGUGCUCAGGGACAACAUCCAAGGCAUCACCAAGCCAGCCAUUCGUCGCCUUGCUCGUCGUGGUGGUGUGAAGCGUAUCUCUGGACUGAUCUACGAGGAGACUCGUGGGGUGCUGAAGGUGUUCCUAGAGAAUGUGAUCCGUGACGCCGUCACCUACUGCGAACACGCCAAGAGAAAGACCGUUACCGCGAUGGACGUCGUCUACGCCCUCAAGCGCCAAGGACGUACGCUAUACGGCUUCGGUGGAUAA